CUGGCCCCCUGAACUGAGAACAGAAAGCGACAAGAGAUUGUGAGCAGCAGAAAGUUAAAGAAAUUCAAGUUUAUUUACCUCCAUGAACACUUUGUCUGCUUGUAGGCCAUGAACACAAACCUCCUCUGGUACCUUCACCCCCGUCAACAGAUUUCUCCUGCAAACACGGUCAAACCGCCGUGCGAGCCUGACUCACUGCAGGAAUCAAGAAGAGCCAGUAGAGCAGCUUUUUAAUGUGCAUUCACUUUGGCUGACCUGAAACACAAGCUCUCAGGUGCUUCUUCAAAAAGUAACAGUAGAGACGGCUUCAAUCACAGCAAACCGCAUGUGAAGCUGAAUCCUCUAAUGCUGCCACUGUUAUACCAGCUGUUUGAAUGUUUACUAAAGAUCACGAUUUAUAUUUGCAGAGAACAAUUGAUUAUAAAAAGAGGGUGGCUGUCUUUUGAAAUCAUAUUUGUUUGCAGGUUCUUUUUCUCAUCUGCAUUAAAGCUUAAAGGCAGAUGCACUGGAAGUUUUGACAAAGUCUUGAGGAAUUCAAAACAGGAAGAGCGGAGUGGGAAGGGCAGCGUCCUCCGUGUGUGUCUGAAUUCCCCAGCUAUGACUUCCCUGAAGGCUCUCAGCCUCCAUCACUCAGUCACACUGGAACAAAAGGCAGGCCUGGUGAUCUGAAGCAAGCCUGUGCCAGCAUGCUAAUGCUUUCAACCUGUUUGAAAAAGAGGAGAACUGCGCCCCCUUGUGGUGUGAUGCUGCAUUCGUUAACCCUCACAGUUUGGGCAGUCUCCUGUCAUUCUGCUCCUCACUGGUCUGCAAUUCGUCUCUGGUUCGGCUUGAACUCUCAUCAGAAUGUGUAAAUUCUGCAGCUUCAAAUGUUGGUUUGUUUUCUUCAACACGCUCUUCUUGAUAUCAGGGAUCGUCCUGAUAGUGAUCGGAGCUCUGCAACACUCAACUUAUUCCCAAUUUGGAAACUUUGCUGGAAGUGGCUUGUCUAAAAUCUCUGUGGUUCUCAUCGCCGUGGGGGUCACCAUAGUCCUGGUGUCCAUCUUGGGUCACGUUGGGGCAUUUAUGGAGAACACCUCUAUCUUAGGUGGUUUCAUCUGCGUCCUGAUAAUCAUCGUCCUUUUGGAAGUUCUCACUGGAGCUGCCUUUUACAUCUUCCGCAGCAGGACGGCCCUUCUGAAGAUGAACAAUGAUAUCAACAUAAAAACGCGGGAGGUGAUCAAUAAAUACGACCAAGAGAACAGAGAUUCCAUCAACAAGAUUCAAGAAAAGCUCAGCUGCUGUGGCGCAGACUCCUACACAGACUGGUACAGGAGUGCUGGCUGGGCCACACACGACGCCGUGCCGGAGUCCUGCUGUGUGGUGAAAAAGCCGGACUGCGGACAGCACAAGGAUGAAAUAAACAAGAAGGGAUGCACCAUGGCUAUCAAGCUCUUUCUGUUGAAGAAUAUAGUGUGGGUCGGUGCGGUCUGCAUUGCACUUGGAAUCGCAGAGGUGCUUUAACUGUAGAAACUUUAAGGAGAUUUUCAAUUUCAGUCUCUGACCUUGCCUGUUUUAUUUUAUUUUAUGCAGGUCUUUGGAGUGCUGGUGGGCAUAUGCUUGUGUCUGAACAUGAAAAGAAAGAACUAUCAAAACUUCGAUUAAGCCGUUGUGCCAGCUAUCCUCGCCUAUCAGCGAUGGCUUUGAUCUAUUAAACACUUUAUCAGAUUAAGUUUAGUUUAUUUCCUCUGUUUUCUUCCAAUCAUAAAUGAUGCCCUUCUUCUAUUUUAAUGUUUUGCUUGUUGGUACUGUUACAAUAACUGUAGAAACAUUCGAAAAAGACCUGUUAUCUAAAUUAAUAUCUUAUCUUAUAAAGAAUUUUGAAUCAUAUUUUAGAAUAUUUCCUAAUCUGACAGGAUAAUUGAUAACUCUGUAUCAUCUUCACUUACACAACCUAUGGUAUAAAAGUUCAAUUCAUGACUUGUAUGAUUGAUUUUGAUUUGGUUUUACAUCGGAUGUUCUUUCAAAUGCAACCGUCUGCAUUUACCCAAGUUUGGGACCAUUUUGGACGAGUAGAUAAAGAUACUGGAUCGUGGAUUGUUGUACAUUAUUUGUAGACAUUAGUUUUUCUUGCUAACAAAUAUAAAAUAUCAAGCAUACGUGAU